AUGGAAUCACUCAUGGGCGAAUUGGCUCAUAGUAAUGAUCCACGUGCGGAGGCAAUUUUGGCAGAAUUAAUGAAGGAUGAUUUGCAUCCUCUUCAUAAAGCCAGAAAAGUAAAUUAUGCAACAUGGAGAAAUAGACUAGCGUCAUCUGGAGAUGCAUUAGAAACUAGAUCAACUGGAUCUUUAGCAGAUUUUCCGUCUAACGCUAACAUAAAUGAUUAUGAUAUUAGUUAUGUUAAUGACGUCAUGGGGAUUCUUGGCAUAGACGAGAAAAAUCAAGUUAGUUAUUAUGGACGAAGCAGUGGCCUUCAACCUUUAAAACAAAGUAAUCUAUACAAGGACGGAUUCUUGUUAUUUCCUAGCAACACAAAUAUUCAAACUUUAGCAUCAAAUCAAAAAUUGGUGUUGCGACCAGAACUUAUGGAAUUGCCUCCUCAAGAAUUAUCCGAUCAUUUAUUAGAACUUUAUUUCAAUCAUGUCCAUCCAUUGUUUCCUAUUAUAUAUAAGCCACGAUUUUUUGAGUUGCUAAAGGAUCACGAGCAUCCACCUUGUCUUUUAUUGAAUUCUAUGUAUUGUUUGGCAUCAAAUUUUUCCGAUAGGCUUGAAGUAAGAAAAGACCGGGAAAACCCGCUAACAGCAGGAGAUAUUUAUUUUGAUCGCGCGAAGGCUUUGCUCGACAAUGAUUAUGAUAGAGCACACGCAACAAUCAUUCAAGCUUUGCUCUUAUUAUCUAUUAGGGAGUACGGAACUGGUAAAGUUACGAGAUCUUGGAUCUAUACCGGUAUAGCAACAAGAAUGGCACAAAGUUUAGGUAUGCAUCGUAAUAACGAAAAGUGGCAUCCAACAUCAUCUCAUGGAGAAAAAGAAGAACAAAAACACGCUGCAUAUCCAUCAGAAAAUGAUGAUGAAUACGAACCAUUUCCAUUCAAAAUGGAACAUGCAACAAACUUAAUAUCAUCGUCUGACACCACAAAUAAUAAAACUUCGAUACAAGUUAAUAGGGAAUCAAAAAAGCGUGGAGAAUCGUCAAAUUCGGCCCACAUUAUGUCACGAUUUAAUUGUUUGAUUAGACUUUGCGAAAUAAUGGGACGUAUUCUUCAAAACAUAUACGCAAUAAGAUGUAAUCAAGCAUCAGUUAGUGAUUCAGCAAUUCCGAUUCUUGAAUCGUCGCUUAGAACCUGGUUUGUAACAUUACCACCACACCUGCAAUAUAACCCGGGUCAACAUUUGGAUAAUUUUGAUGUAUCAACGCUCAGUCUUCAUGUGUUGUAUUAUGAAUCAUUAAUGCUUCUUCAUCGCCCAUAUGCAGUAGGAAAUAAUUCAUCACAUAAAAUAUGCACAUCAUCAGCAGAAAUCAUUUCUGAUAUUAUUCAUUCGAUGUAUAGAAAGAAUACGUUGAAGAAUACUUUACCUAUUGUAAUUUACAGCACAUUUAUAACUUCCGUUAUUCAUACUUGCAAUGCUACCCAAUCUGAUACCACUAUCUCACAGCCAGCAAAGAUGAACCUUGCGAAAUGUAUAAGAGCGUUAGAAUCCUUAAAAAACAAUUGGGAAUUGCCACAUAAAUAUCUUAAUCUGAUAAAAGGAUUGGUAGAAUUGAAAGAAAUUAGCCGUAGUUUGAAAAAACGAAAUACCUAUACAUCUAAUCAACCAAACCCAUUUGAUACAAUGGACCGAUAUGGACGACAAGCACGAUAUCCUUCUUCACCAUCAUUUAAUUUUAAUCAAGCUCAACAACCGCGAUAUCUACGUCAUAACUUUCAAGAACCGGCGCAAAUGUUUAAUAACUCAUUUGGUUUAAGAAAUAUGGCAACAUUUUCACAAUCACAAACACAGUCUAAUGUAAACACAUCUGAUCCUUAUGCAGCACAAGAUGUAAUUUCACCAAAUAAUGGAGUUGGAAACCAUACGAUUUGUUCCUUGAAUUCUGGAUUUUGGACCAUUCCACAAAGUGCAAAUUUCGAGGAAUGGUCUUCUUACCUUCAUUCGCAACAAGUACAACAGAGUGUCACAUUACCUUCUCAACAAACACCUAUGUCAUUACAACCAUUACUGUUACACGACAAUGGGAAUAAUGUAAACAUGUUUGCAAAUAAUCAAAUGAUUUCAGAAUUUGAAUAA